UCCAGUUCUUCACUCGAUGUCUUGGAGACAGCGGCGUUACCCUGCGCUUUGCUAUUUCCCUGAACCCUGUGAAUUGCACUCUGUUAAGUAAACACUGCUGAGUCGCUGAUCAUCACACGCUCUCCACCAACAUAUCAGUACAAUUCUCCUGGAAUGGGGGGGCCGGGUGGGGGGGGUCGGAUUUUGUGUCCGUUCAUUCCAGGAUGGGUUUACCAUCAGCAGCGAAUACAGCCUUUUCUUAUGCAAAGUGAAUCUGGUCUGUGAAAUUGACAAGUUUUGUCAAUUUCGGGAGUUGGGAGGAGGUCUUUUUAAAGCUUUUUUCCCUUGACUGCAUGAAAAGAUUGCUGCUACAAAAUACCAAGGAUGGGAAUACAUCGGCACAUACUGCUUUUGCAGUGUCUUAUCUCGACUUUUGUGAUACACGCUUUUGCUUUUUCCGAGGAAACCGCAGAUAAAACAGUGAAAUCGGACGGAUAUUGCAGUAGGAUUUUAAGGGCUCAGGGUACAAGAAGAGAAGGCUAUAACGAAUUUCGUCUGAGAGUAGAAGGAGAUCCUGAAUUAUACCAACCUGGAAGCACCUAUAGAGUGACUUUGUACGCAUCCAGCCCUUCUUACUUCAGAGGCUUUACUCUCAUUGCUUUGAAAGAGGGAAAAGAUGGUGACAAAGACGAGGAUUAUGCUGGAAAUUUUCAGAUCAUAGAUGAGGAAGACACACAAUUUAUGACGAACUGCCCCCCUGCAGUUACUGAAAGCACUCCAAGGAGAAGGACAAGGAUACAGGUUUUCUGGACAGCACCCCCUGCUGGCAGUGGCUGUGUCAUUCUGAAGGCAAGCAUUGUGCAAAAAAGGAUUAUCUACUUCCAAGAUGAAGGCUCUCUCACAAAGAGAAUGUGUGAGAAAGAGCCACUGUCAGAGGGAACUACUGAAAAACCUAUCCUUGAGUGCUGUGCCUGUGGAACUGCUAAAUACAGAGUUACUUUUUAUGGAAACUGGUCAGAAAAGGUGCAUCCUAAAGACUAUCCCAGACGCGCUAACCAUUGGUCUGCUAUCAUCGGGGCAUCCCAUUCGAAGAACUAUGUCCUGUGGGAGUACGGGGGAUAUGCAAGUGAAGGUGUGAAACAGGUGGCAGAGCUAGGCUCCCCAGUGAAAAUGGAAGAAGAAAUACGACAAAAGGGUGAUGACGUUUUGACGGUCAUCAAAGCAAAAGCACAAUGGCCUGCCUGGCAACCUCUGAAUGUGAGAGCAGCGCCCUCUGCUGAGUUCUCAGUAGAUAGAACACGACACCUGAUGUCCUUCCUCACAAUGCUGGGACCCAGCCCGGACUGGAAUGUAGGACUCUCAGCUGAAGACCUCUGUACAAAGGAGUGUGGCUGGGUUCAGAAAGUAAUUCAGGACCUGAUUCCUUGGGAUGCUGGCACAGAUGACGGAGUUACUUAUGAGUCGCCCAACAAACCAACAAUUCCUCAAGAGAAAAUCCGACCACUGACCAGCCUUGACCACCCGCAGAGUCCAUUUUACGAUCCAGAGGGAGGCCCUAUUACUCCAGUUGCCAGAGUAGUUAUUGAGAGAAUUGCAAGAAAGGGAGAACAGUGUAACAUUGUACCUGAUAAUGUAGAUGAUAUUGUGGCAGACCUUGCCCAAGAAGAAAAAGAAGAAGAUGACACGCCUGAAACCUGCAUCUAUUCCAACUGGUCCCCCUGGUCCGCCUGCAGUUCCUCUACCUGUGAGAAAGGAAAAAGGAUGAGACAGAGGAUGCUCAAAGCCCAGCUAGACCUCAGUGUGCCCUGCCCACAUACCCAGGAUUUUGAGCCUUGCAUGGGCCCUGGCUGCAGUGAUGAAGAUGCAUCUACCUGUAUGAUGUCAGAGUGGAUCACAUGGUCUCCCUGCAGUGUUUCCUGUGGAAUGGGCAUGAGGUCUAGGGAGAGAUAUGUCAAACAGUUCCCCGAAGACGGCUCCAUAUGUACCUUGCCAACGGAAGAGACUGAAAAAUGUGUUGUCAAUGAGGACUGCUCAUCAAACAGCUGCCUGGUGACAGAGUGGGGAGAAUGGGAUGAAUGUAGCGCCACCUGUGGGAUGGGUAUGAAAAAGCGAGAGCGAAUGGUCAAGAUGCCUCCUUCUGAUGGGUCAAUGUGCAACUCAGAAUUAACAGAGGUGGAGAAAUGCAUGAUGCCUGAAUGCCACACAAUUCCCUGCAUGCUGUCGCCAUGGUCAGACUGGAGCGACUGUAGCGUGACAUGUGGGAAGGGGAUGAGGACCCGGCAGAGGAUGCUGAAGUCCCCCGUGGAGCUGGGAGAAUGCAAUGAAGAGCUGGAACAAGUCGAGAAGUGCAUGCUUCCUGAAUGUCCAACCGACUGCAUGGUGACAGACUGGUCCGAGUGGUCGGAGUGCAACAAGUCUUGCGGCAAGGGUCACAUGAUCAGGACCAGGAUGAUCAAGCUGGAGCCGCAGUUCGGGGGGGACCCCUGCCCGGAGACGGUGCAGCGGAAGAAGUGCAAGGUCCGCAAGUGCAACCGGGGUUCCAGCGACGAGAGGAGGCGCCGCAAAGAGGCGCGGGAGAAGCGCAGGAGUAAACAGAGCAGCCGGGACGAGAACACCGAAGAGCUGCACCCAGGGUGUAAAAUGAGGCCUUGGUCAGCGUGGACGGACUGCACCAAGAUGUGCGGAGGUGGCAUUCAAGAGCGCUUCAUGACAGUGAAGAAAAAGUUCAAGAAUUCUCAGUUUACAAGCUGCAAAGACAAGAAGGAGCUCCGAGCAUGCAAUGUGCAUCCUUGCUAAAAAUGUGGAUGUGUCUCAAUUUUGCUGAAAAGAUGCACUCUUUAAGAGCCGUUGAGGAGAAAAAUCAGUCUCGUUUUAAUCCAGGUUAAUCUGUGGGAGCAAAAUGCUGUUUCUGAGUUUCAGUUUUGUAUUCUGAAGUAAAUGGUCACUCUUCUCGGAUUAAUAGCUAUUAACGAAUGAGUUAUUAGACAGUUGCGAAUCAGUUAUAUACUGUACAGUUUAUAGCUGACGUUCUGGGAAUGUAGCCAUUAUAUUAUCGGAACAACACGUUAAUUGCAUUUUAUAAACAUUUUUUAAGACUUAUUUAGAUUUAAGCCACACUGUUACACUAUCACUGCCAGCCACAGUUUCACAUAGCUUUAGAUAGUGAACCAUAGUCAUGUUCAUUUGCAAUGCAUACAAUGAGUUAAGCUAAUGUGAGUCUACAGUAUGAAUAACUCAAAGAGAAAGACAUGAAUUUAACAGAUUUCUAAAUGUUAUUUGCUGUGGCAACCUUUUUCAUUCACUAGGAUUCGGCACUCUUACUUGUCAAACGCAUCAAACAUGAUCUGUAGCUUUAUCAUGUUAUCUCUAGCCUAGUAUUCUUUAAUUCAAGAUCAAGAGUCAUGUGCCAGUCCAAAUCCUGCAGCCUUGUUGAGUGUUAUUAGGAUGGGUCACCUAAAAACAAUAUCAAACUGAUUAUCAAUGAACCCAUCUGAUUAAAACAGAUUGAUUUUCCACCUUGAGUUUGAAUAGCUCUGUUGCAUUUAGAAUUUCUUGCAAGAUUACUGUAAACUUGUUGUGGUAUACUAUUCAUAAAAUACCAAUCAGUUAUAAAGAAAUAGAACUGUUAUAUCCUGUGGUAACUUCUUAAAUAGCAUAUUAUAUUCCUGAAAUAAAAGCACAGGUAACCAUUCCAGCAUUUUAUAAGCCUCAAGAUGCUGUUUUUAGAAAAAUCUGUUGUGAGUUUUUAUUCAAAUGUAUGACAUGUAGAAGCUCCACAAUUUAAACUUGAUAAGGUGAGAAUUAUUAGCAUUUUUUAUUUGAUUUGUGCAUCAUUAGACGUUUUGUUACUUUUGCUGUGGAAUUUUGAUAAGAAUGUCACAAGGAAUUCUUACCAAAGUCUUGUGUAGAUGUUUUGUAGCUGUCUCUCUAACAUAUUACUAUUUUGGAAUAAAUCACCUUUACAAUAAAAGUAAAUGUGACAAAA